ACGUAGAAUCCCGGAGCCGCCCGGAAGCUCCGCCACCUCCUCCCAGAGAAGUAGCAGCGACAGCUAUGAGUCCGGGCUGGUCGCCCGCGCGGCGUUUGUGGCCGCUGCUGUUGCGCAGGACGGUCUUCCAGAGAGCCGGCCCCACAGUGGCUUCGGUUCCCUGGCUUCCGCGGCUGGCAGAGCGAUGGCUUCCCGCGGGGCCCGCGACCUGUCUGACCCCGAGCCUAACCCGCGGCCUGCACCAUGGGCCUCAGCCGGAGGAGCGGACCCCUGGCGACGCUCGCCUGCAUCCGGGACCCGCAGAUCACAUUGGUGCCAAGUUUGACAUCGAUAUGCUGGUUUCACUUCUGAGGCAAGAAAAUGCAAGAGACAUUUGUGUGAUCAAGGUUCCUCCAGAAAUGAGAUACACAGACUACUUUGUGAUUGGGAGUGGGACUUCCACCCGACACUUACACGCUAUGGUCCACUACCUUGUGAAGAUGUAUAAACACCUGAAAUGUAGAAGCGAUCCGUAUGUCAAGAUCGAGGGGAAGGAUGCUGACGACUGGCUGUGUGUGGACUUUGGGAGCAUGGUGAUCCAUUUGAUGCUUCCAGAGACCAGAGAGACCUAUGAGUUAGAGAAACUGUGGACUCUACGUUCAUUUGAUGACCAGUUAGCUCAGAUAGCAGCCGAGACGUUGCCUGAAGACUUCAUUCUUGGACUGGAAGAUGACACUUCAUCCCUGACUCCAGUGGAGUUCAAAUGUAAAUAAACAAAGUUAAUGCCAUUCUUCCCUUUGAUAUGACUGAGCCAUCUGCUUGGUCACUACAAGUUCCUGUCUGCCUUGUGAACACUCAUGCUGGUAGCUCACAGACCAAGAACCAGUAAUUCAAUCCUGUCUUUCA